GAACUUCAACACAGUCUUCGACUUGAGGGUCUGGAAGAAGUCAGAUUGAUCAAGGACAAACGCACAGGUCAAUCUCGAGGCUUUGCAUUCGCUCAGUUCACGGACAUUCCCCAUGCAAGACGCUUUCUUGAUCGCCAUUACCCAUCGAUACCACUUCAUGGCACCUACGAUCCAAAUAACGCAGGCCCUUCGGAGCCCACAAACGUUCGAAUAGCCUACAGCCGGGAACGAGACGACAGAGAAAAAGUAGGGAAGAGCGACGAUGAUUGGAAGUGUGAUGUGUGCUACCUAUCUAAUUUCUCUACUCGAAACCUUUGCUUUCGCUGUAAUGCACCUAGGACCCGAGCAACUGCUCAUGGCAUCGUUGUUGCGCAGACCAACAUGUCGGCGUUCUCUGGUUUUGCAACGACCGGUGAUAGUGAUGCUUCUCCUGAUGAUACUGCGUCUCAGUUCAUACUCCUCCGGGGCCUCGAGCCUGGAGUCAAUGAGGAGCUAUUAGCCAAAGGAGUGAGCAAGCUGUACAAGAACAAACCUACCACCGCCCUAUCCGAUGGGCAAGCUGCCAAGAAGACAAAGAUCGCUUCUACUACAAAUGACGCCAGUCUUGGGGCAAAAGACGGAUCUUUACGUCGAGUCUUACUCGUCCGCGAUCGGAAGACUAACGAUAGCUGGAGGUACGGCUUCGCCGAGUUCAACACAGUCGAAGACGCACAAGCUGCGAUGAUCAAGUACAAAGCUUCUGACAAGUUUACUAUUUCGUCUAAGCCGGUACAAGUCUCCUAUAUCCACGCCGGGGUCUUUGUACCCGUUCUUCAUCCAUUCGGCAAGGAAUUCGCCAAGUUUACCUUCUGUCCCUUGUCCAAUCCUGCAGUCAAGUUGAUGUAUUGGGAUGAAGCUGCGUAUGCGGCUGAACACCCAGUUACAGAGGUUGAGCAACCAUCGAGCAAGAGCAAGGAGUCGGAACAUGCCAAGCUUGCUGCAGCUGCAGCCAAUGAAGGACUCGUUGGCUCGAAUAAGGAUGGAGAACCGAAGUUGAAGAAGCGAAAGGUCGACAAGGAUUCUAAGGUCGUUGCGCCUCAUCUACAAUUCUGGACAAACAGGCAUGCUGAACUUCACGGAAUCCCGCCCAAGGAAUCCGAAGUUGAAUCGGCAGAUUCGGCGGCCACAGCCCCUAGAAAGAAGGCAGAAGAAUCUGUCGAGGACCCACCAAAUCUAUCUUUCGCCGAUCUACACCGCAAAUGCUGUCUCCUCUGCUCACGGCAAUUCAAGACUGAAGCCGAAGUCAAUAAACACGAACGAAUGAGUCAGCUUCAUCGCGAUAACAUGAAGAACGAGGAACUUGUGGAUAAGACGUUGGCAAAGCUCAAGAAAUCAUCGAGCUCUUCUGCGGAAGGGUCUGCGUAUCGUGAUAGGGCCAAAGAAAGGCGACAAGCAUUCAACCAACCCAAGCAACCUGCUGCACAGCACAAUCGGGCGUCGAAGGAUGGCAAUGGCGGCUUAUCGCCAAAAAAGGAUGAGGGAGAGCCAAAGCCUCUCCAAUCAAAGGGCGCUGCCCUUCUGGGGAAGAUGGGCUGGACUGCUGGUGAGGGGUUGGGAGCGCAGGGAACAGGUCGGACUGAGGCCAUUACUACGGAGCUCUAUGCCCAGGGUGUGGGAUUGGGUGCCCAGGGAGGCAAGGUGGGAGAUGCUGCUGAAGAAGCUCACCGACAAACCAAAGGAAGCUACACUGAUUUCCUGAAUAAGACCAGGGAAACGGCAAAAGAGAGGUUCGAGAGUCUCGGAUAG